AUGUUGUCUCAGAUAGUAACUGCUGCUCGUGGUUUGUUCAAGAGGCCAGAGAGCACCGAAGAUACGGCGUCUGAGCAGGAACAACCCGCCGAUAUGGUCACGAUAAUCGAAAAUUCGACUUCCUCGCAAGAGAUGCCCGCAACCCAGGAGUCCCCAGUGGCCAGUGGAAAACGCAAAGACACAUCAUCAUCAGUACCAGAAAGCGUCGAAAACAGACCGCAGAAGAGACGGAAAGGCGAGCCAAGCUCAAAAGCCGCUGAUCCCAAUGGUACAAUAAAGAGUGAGGGAGAUGCAGCCAAACAGAGGAAGCUUCAGGUAUUGGAGUCUGUUACAAUAAUCAAUCAGCCAAACACCAAUUUUGCAUCAACGAUACCGGCAGAUGGGAAACAUGUCUUGCCUAAUCCAAGGAAAAUCCGCUUUGGGAGCGAAGAACUUAACGGCACUCACCUAGACGUUGACGAGAAACACGACAAUGCAGAAUUGGAAAACGGAACAGCGGCUCAAGCAGAAGAUGAUGAGGACGAUAGUAGCGAUGAUGAUGCUCCUGAAGCAGUCAGCAAUGCUGUCCAGUUAUCGCAAAUAAGAGAAGCUGAGCGCAAAAGGGAAGAAACAAGGCAAAUGCACGAACAAUUGAGAAGAGAAAAACGAAAGGAGCAUGAAAAACGACUACAACAACAGGCUGCUUCGAAAGCAGCAAUCCAGAAGGCAGCUGAUGCCCGUCGAGAGGCCAAGGCCAAACGAGCCGAAGCGAAAACAUCCAAACAUGAUGAGCAGCAGUCCGAAAGCUCAAUGACGCUCAGUGCCGGAACACGGGAGUCGAAGCACGGUCCAUCAGCACCAUUACCCGCACUUCUUCCAGACGAAAUUCUAAAUGCAGAGCUGUCGCAGCCACUAAUAACAGGGCUUGAUGUCGAAAAGCUGAAGAUGAACACACCAAGACAUAUAAGGAUUACCGAUACAGCUGAUCGACAACCCAAGGAUCUCAAGAUUGGAUCUACUGCCAUCAGAGUAUUGGGUGACUCUGGUAGCGGCUCCAAUCCUAUCCUACCACCGAAGAGUUCAAAUAGUAGUAGGCGCGUUAAGGAAAAUUGGGUUGGCGGGAGGCGAAAGAUGGGAGCGACCGGGGCGUUGAGGCAUAGUACUGGCGGUCCAAAGAGUUUUGCUAGGAAAUGA